CGGAGGCCGCGCAGAUCCUUCGCCACUACGACACGCAGAUCGAGCGGAGCACCGACGAGCUGCUCAAUCUAGCCCCGGAGUUGCCAGAGCCGUACUGGGACCCUACGCUGCGACGCUCGCCUGCCAAGCGACGACACCUGUUCAAGCACCUGGCUGGUAUUGGGCUGGUCUCUUUCCGUCGCAAAGCUAAGGCAUUCUGUGCACCUUUUUUCGUGAAGAAGAAGGGGGACGAGAUCCGAAUGGUUCUUGACUCCCGCCAGGCCUGCCUCAGUCACAGGCGGCCGCCCACCGUGCAACUAGGCUCUGCACGGGCCAUGGUUAGCCUUGACUUGUCCGACGACUCUCUGAGCCAGUGUGGGGGCUUUGGUGGCACGGCGUCCGUGCCCGUCCUCGCUGGCGACGCCGACGUCGACGACUGCUUCUACAACUUCUCGAAUGUCCAGCUCGCCUCUUGGUUCUGCAUGGAGGCGGGCUACACCACGGACGACGCUCACGAGUUUGGAAUUCUGCAAAUUUGGGAUGACGAUCUGAGGCGUUACGACGCCCUGAGGCCUGGCGAGCAGCUGUUCAUCUGCUUCGAGGGCCUAUGCAUGGGAUGGUCGUGGUCGCUCUACUUGUGCCAGAAGUUUUUUGAGAAUCUUGUCGCAAUGCAGCACCCGCUCGGCCUUGAUGGAGUGCUGAGAGAUAGAACGCCCGCCCCAGAGUUGGCUCCAGGCGUGAGUGCCGAGGGGGUCUACGUGGACAACUUCAACUCCUUCAGCGUCAGCGCCGAGGACUCUCAUCGGAGCGUUGAGCGUUUCUGCAGCUUGCUGCAGGGUCAGAGCAUCGGGACCCACGGCAGGCACAGUGCGGUGACCUACCUGGAGACCUUGGGCCUCGAGUCCCAUUCUCGUUUCAAGGACUCCUACACCUCCGUCGCGGAGGCGCGCGGCCGACGACUGGCUACCCCGUCCAGUGUGAGGCUGGAGAUGGAGCUCGCUCGGAGGCUGGCGUUCGUCAUCGAGGCGGAGAUCGGAGCUCCGACCUGGCGCGAGGUGCACAUGGGCGACUCCUCGACCCUCGGCUGCGCUCUCCUGCCUACGCCGCGCCAGGUCCAGGAGUUCCACGACGCGGUCAAGUAUCGGGAGCGCUGGAGGUUCAGGAAGGUCCAGAGCCUGCAGCCCGUCAGGUUGGACGCGCCCGGCGUGGUCGACCAGAUGGGCGGCCUCUCGUGCCUCGUGGACCCCAGCGAUGGCGUGUUCUGCGAGUCCACCGUGCCGGGGCGCGCCACUGGCCUCAUCUCAGGGGCCAAGACUAGCUACGGGCAGUACCUCCAGCAACAGGCCGAGUCGGCUCGGCAACAGUGGCGGCCCUCUCGCAAUACUGUGAGGGUGCAGGCGCCGCCCGAGGUGGAGGUCCAGCUUGGCGAGGGCAUCCCGCCCCUGGCCGACGCGUGGCCCAGACGAGAUCGAUGGACUACGCUCUACGAGCGGGAGUGGCAGUGGCCUGAGGAGCACAUCAACCCGAAGGAGGGUCGUGUCACCCUCCAGUCCCUCCAGCACUUCGGGAGGGACGCCCGUGCUCAGGGCCAUCGCUGCCUGUCCAUAG